AUGUUCGGCCGUCUCACCCACUACGCAUUCGAUGCCGUCCUCUUCUCCGCCUUCCUGGCUGGCGUCAAACGCUCCACUGGCCUCACUCUGAUCCUUCGCGUCCCCCCAUGGGUCGUGUGGGGAUCUCAUAGCCCCAGUCUCAAAUCUGAACAGAUCUCUGAGAACAAAGAAGUCAAGCGUUGGGUCGACAACUACCUCGGCGUCGGCGAAUGGGUCAUGGAUCAGUCCGUGGCUGUCAUGGGCUCCUCCAGCUGGUUUGAGCGGAGACGGUGA